AUGCCUGAAGAUGAAUAUUUUGAAUGGAGACUAUUUUAUCCAUUAACAUCAAAUGAUGAAAAUAUUCAAAAUGAUAUAAAAAAUCUUUCGAUUGUACCAUUUAAAUUAAAUACGAAAUUAAAUAUAUUAUCAAUUACAGAGGAUAAAUAUUCUCAUCAAUCAUCAUAUAUUGAUAUAUACUAUCUUUUAGGAAAUACAGAUGUAUGUUUAAAACUACAUGAUAUUGAUAAAUUAAAUAAUUUUAAAAUUGAUAUUGAAAUUCGUAAUCGUCAUAAAGAACAACAAUCAUCUUUAAUUCAACAUUGGUCUAUCUAUGAAAUAAAAUAUCCACAUAUGGAUUUACCAGAUAAAAUUCUAAGUCGACUUGAUCAAUUAACUAUUGAAAAAAUAACUAAAUAUUUACAAAUAAUAAUUAAUAAAGAAAAUCUUUUAACACAAACAGAUAUAUCAUUUAUUCAAAUAAAAAAACAUAUAACUACAUGGCAUAUGGAUGAUAGUGAUCGAAAAAUAGAAGAAAGUGAUAUUUAUCUUAUGAUUAAUGAUAAUAUAUCGUCCAAAGAAAAGAAUGAUACGUUUUAUAUACCUAAAUAUUGGCGAACAAUAUCAAUACAAACAAGUGAUUAUGAUAAACUUGUUAAAACAUUAAUAACAUUACAAAUUGAAGAUGAUAAAGAUUUAUUAGAUUAUUUUUCAUUUCUUAUAUCUCAAACAUGUUUUAAUUCAUUUCCUUCACAACAUCAACAACAAUUAUUUCCAACAAUAUCAACAGAAAAAGCUUAUAUAAAUUUAUUAACAAUGAGUUAUGCAGCAUUUAUUGAACUUAUUCAACAUAUUCAUCGAAAUCAAAUAUCUAUAGAAUAA